AUGAGUUGCGAGGAAUGUCCAAUUUGCUACGAUCCCCUUGAUGCUGCAGGCUGUCGAUUGUUAGAUUGCGAUCAUAAAUACCAUCUGAAAUGCAUUCGCCGGUGGCAUCACCAAUCCCAGGACCUCAAAUGCCCUACAUGCAGGAAACCAUCUCAGUUGCUGGAGAUCAUGGAAAGUCAAGCAAUUGUAGACCUGAAGAAGUUCAGUGGGGUGAACUGGCUGCUUUCAGAAAUAGCAGAGCCUGUCAUCAACCUGCCAGGCGUGGUGGAGGAAUCAAAUCGAAGCUGGUCUUCGAGAUCAUUGGAAUGUGGCAUCUGCGGAGAUAUGGGUCCAGAAAUCAAUGCUGCUUGUACAGGAUGUGGGAUGGUAUAUCAUGACAGAUGCUUACGGGUUUUGCAACUAGAGGUGGGAAAUAUGGGCAGUAAUUUAUUUUGUUGUAAUUGUCACUCACCGCUGAGGAGUUCAGAAGAGCCAAUUCCAAGCGCUUCAGCUGGAAUAAAUGCUACUGGUAGCUCGAUAGCAGCGGCAGUAGCACGGGUUUCUCCCGGAUACGAAGCUGUCAAUAGGGAUACAGUGUGGUAUGAAGUUAACGAGUCAUGGAGGCUGCUGUCACAGCUACAACAAGAGUCUAGACAAUUGGCUGAAUCAAACCACAAAAGGAAGAUCCAAAAUCAUGUCAGAAGGGUUUUGCAUUUGCAAUCUCGGGAAGCGCCCCUUGGCUCGCAGUUAACCAGCAAAGAUCGUUUCACUGAUGUCAACAAGAUAGUCUCACGCCAGUUGUACAGACUUUCGGGGAACAUAUAUCGUCCCGAGACCAUAGACUAUGAUCAAGAGGCCGCGGCUCUAGUUUUAAACGAACUGGCUAAUUUUGAAGAGACAAGUGACGUUCAUUGA